UUGACAGUUAUAUAAGUAAACACAUGAUGAGUAUAUUGAUGUAGUUUCUUAUAGUUACUAGUAGUUCUAGUGUGGAACUCUCAUUAGCUCUGAUCAUGGCGAUUCGAUUGAUAACAUCUCGUCUCUCUCACUCUUCAUCCUCCUCUUUGGCUUCCCUCUUUCAAGGAAGAAACUCUCGUGUGGCCGCAACAGCAGCUCUUCGAUACACCACAGCAGCUCAGGACCCCAUCAAACCUAGUGUCAAUGUAGAAUAUACUAAGCUUUUUAUCAAUGGACAAUUUGUUGAUUCUGCAUCAGGUAAAACAUUUCCAACACUUGACCCUAGAACAGGGGAGGUGAUUGCACAUGUUGCUGAGGGUGAUGUAGAAGAUAUUAACCGAGCAGUAGUUGCUGCUCGUAAUGCUUUUGAUGAAGGACCAUGGCCUAAAAUGAGUGCUUAUGAGAGAUCGAAGAUAUUGUUCCGCAUUGCUGAUUUGAUUGAAAAACAUAAUGAUGAAAUCGCAACACUUGAGACUUGGGACAGUGGGAAGUUAUAUCAACAAGUUGCUACUAUUGAAAUACCAAUGAUUGUACGUCUACUGCGUUAUUAUGCUGGUUGGGCAGAUAAAAUUCAUGGUAUGACUGUUCCUGCUGAUGGACCAUAUCAUGUUCAGACUUUACAUGAGCCAAUUGGGGUUGUUGGUCAGAUUAUCCCAUGGAACUUUCCUCUUCUCAUGUUUGCUUGGAAGAUUGGACCUGCUUUAGCCUGUGGCAAUACUGUUGUGCUAAAAACAGCAGAGCAGACACCCUUAUCUGCUCUAUAUGUAUCGAAGCUAUUGCAAGAGGCUGGCCUACCUGAAGGUGUUUUGAAUGUCAUUUCUGGUUUUGGUCCUACAGCUGGUGCUGCUCUUUCUAGUCAUAUGGACGUGGACAAGCUUGCUUUUACUGGAUCAACAGAUACAGGGAAAACUAUAAUGUCAUUGGCUGCUAACAGCAAUCUUAAACCUGUCACUUUGGAACUUGGAGGAAAAUCCCCUUUCAUUGUUUGUGAGGAUGCUGAUGUUGAUCAAGCUGUUGAGUCCGCUCACUUUGCUUUGUUCUUCAAUCAGGGACAAUGUUGUUGUGCUGGAUCUCGUACAUAUGUUCAUGAGAGUAUUUACGAUGAAUUUGUUGAAAAAGCCAAGGCACGUGCAUUGAAACGUACAGUUGGUGAUCCAUUUGAAUCAAGCAAUGAACAAGGUCCUCAGAUUAGUUCAGAACAGUUUGAAAAGGUGUUGAAGUAUAUUAGAUCUGGUAUUGAAAGUGGAGCUACACUUGAAACUGGAGGUGACAGGCUCGGUACACAGGGCUACUAUAUUAAACCCACAGUUUUCUCCAACGUUAAGGACGAUAUGCUGAUUGCAACAGAUGAGAUCUUUGGUCCAGUGCAGUCAAUCUUGAAAUUUAAGGAUCAUGAUGAGGUGAUUCGAAGAGCUAAUGCCACGAAAUAUGGUCUAGCUGCUGGAGUGUUUACGAAGAAUAUAGACACAGCAAACACAUUCAUGCGAGCAUUGAGAGUUGGAACCAUAUGGAUCAACUGUUUUGAUAUCUUUGAUGCUGCAAUUCCUUUUGGUGGAUAUAAGAUGAGUGGACAGGGAAGAGAAAAAGGAGAAUACAGUCUGAAGCAAUACUUACAAGUGAAGGCUGUUGUCACCUCAUUGAAGAAUCCAGCUUGGCUUUAAGUCAAAAUCAUCUGUAUGCUGUUUUGUAUCAUGUCUUUGGUUAUGAGUUGCUUUGAAAAUUCUGUCAUGUGAGAAAUAAACAGCAAUUGUUGAAA